AUGGCUCCUAAACCAAAGGUUGCCUUCAUCGGAUUGGGUGCCAUGGGGUUGGGGAUGGCCAUACAUCUGAUAGAAGACGGUUUCGCUGUGACCGGGUUCGAUGUCAAUCCCAUGGCCCUUGAGAAACUGCUCGCCAUGGGUGGUACCUCUGCCACCAGUCCAAAUGAAUGCGUCCAAGGUGCAUCAUUCGUUAUCUGCAUGGUUGCGAAUUCUACGCAGACCGAGGAUGCAUUUUUCGCCAACUCAACGGGCGCAGUAUUUGGCCUGACACAAAACGCGAUUGUCAUAUUGUGCUCAACAGUUGCUCCAGGGUUUCCAGUGGAGAUUCUGGGUCGUAUCCGCCAGACCUUCCAAAGGCCAGACAUUCAAUUGUUGGAUUGUCCUGUGUCUGGUGGAACGAUACGAGCCGCUCGAGGAUUGCUGACCAUUCUGUCAUCGGGACCAACGAACAUUCUGAAUACCGCUCAGCCAAUCUUGAAGUCAAUGAGCGACAAUUUAUAUGAGAUUGAGGGCGGACUAGGUGCCGCGAACAAGGUCAAACUUAUCAAUCAGCACCUUGCUGGUGUUCAUAUUGCGGUUUCUGCAGAGGCAAUGGGAAUAGCUGCAACAUUGGGAUUAAACACAAAAGAAUUCUAUGAAACAGUUCUCAAAAGCCCAGCGUGUAGUUGGAUGUUUGAAAACCGAGUACCUCACAUGCUCUCCAAUGAUUGGACGCCUCACUCUGCUAUCAGUAUCUUUGUUAAGGAUAUGCGAAUUGUGACCUCGGAAGGUCUCCUUCAGGAUUUCCCUCUUUAUAUUGCAUCUGCAACGGAACGACUUUAUCAAUAUGCCGCGCGCAUGGGAUACGAAAAAGAUGACGAUGCCAGUCUUGUUCGGAUUUUUCUAGCACAAAACCCAGCUCUGGUUUCAGAAGCAACACAUAUCCAGACUCGCUCCAAUAGUUCGCGCUCAUCUGAGCUGAUAUGCUGGUUAUUGGAGACUGUCCACACCUUAGCAGCGGUUGAAGCUCUGGCCCUCGGACAUAAACUCGGCAUUUCGACCAGCACCCUCACAUCAAUCAUUUCAAACGCCGCUGGUGCCAGUGAGUCCUUCAAAAGGCUUGCACCGAGGAUUGUGGCUGGCGAUAUUUUAUCUGGGUAUACCAUCAUACAGACCCGAGACAAGCUGAAAGAAGUAAUGACCCUUGCUCAAAAGCACAACUACCCUUUACAACUCGCGGCUACUAUAUUCCAACUUUUACAGCAGGCGGUGAUUUAUGGACUGGGCGGGGAAGGUCAAGCAGCGCUCCUCAAGCUAUGGACAACAUCAGAUCUUUCCACCGAGCCCUCGCAUGCCACCAAAUAUGACCCAUGCACCCUCCCUAAACUAGGCUCAAAGACGCCUGAAUCCGAGAACAACGCUGAAAACCUAGCCCUCUGA